AUGAACUACAACGGUGCGAAUGGGCUUGAAUUCGGGGCGGGUAAUAUCAAUGUCGAUCCAGCUGUUUUGAAAGGGUGCGAGAUUACAUCCACCGAGAGCCAUGGAGUAAGCUUCUGGGCACGUACUGGCCGAAUCGACGUCUUGCUCUCCGAUGGUACUCCACUAUCCUUCUUCAUCAAGGUCAUUUCGAACGAACGGGGUCUGAAUAUGACGAGAAGUGAAUACUCAUCAAUGAGCACGAUGCAUAAUGUCGUACCAGAAUUUGUCCCACGACCCAUCGCUUGCGGAAGCUACCGCACCAUUCCCGACACCCAUUUCUUACUCUGCGAGUUUCGAGAAAUGACCGAUGAUAUGCCCGACCCUCGGAAAUUUGCCGCCCUUUUGUCCAGACUACACCAAAGCAGCGUAUCACCUACUGGCAAGUUCGGAUUCCAUAUCACAACUUACGCGGGAAACCUACCACAGUAUGUGGCUUGGGAAGAUAGCUGGGAAAUAUUCUUCUCCAAGUCCAUGAAACAGGCACUUGAUUUAGAGAUUGAACGAAAAGGGCCUAGCGAAGAGCUUGAUAGACUCUCUCGCUCACUGUUCGAAAGAGUUAUACCAAGGCUCCUGAGGCCUCUCGAAAGUAAUGGCCGAACAGUGAAACCUUCACUUGUUCAUGGAGACCUUUGGUACGCGAAUGCAGGUAUCGAUGUUGACAAUGGCCAAACGCUUGUAUUUGAUGCUUGUUCAUUCUUCGCGCACAACGAAUGUGAGUUUACCUAUAAAGGAUCUGUGGUUGCGGAUGUUAACGACAUUGUGUUUGAAGAUGAAUUCGGCCAGUGGAGACCAGCUUGCAAUAGAUUUGGGGAUGAGUAUGUUGCAGCCUACCACAAAUUUGCCAAGAUUUCACCACCAGAGGAAGAUUUUGAAGGCCGUCUAGAUCUGUAUAGACUGUGA